ACAGACGCAAACAGCAUGGCGGACGAAGUGGAGCAGCAGCCGACCCCUAACACAGUGGAGGAGCCCUUAGACCUGAUCCGGCUUAGUCUGGACGAGAGGAUCUACGUGAAGAUGAGGAACGACCGCGAGCUGCGAGGAAGGCUGCAUGCGUAUGAUCAGCAUCUGAACAUGAUCCUGGGAGAUGUGGAGGAGACAGUGACCACAGUGGAGAUCGACGACGAGACCUAUGAAGAACUAUACAAGUCAACCAAAAGGAACAUCCCUAUGCUGUUUGUGAGAGGAGACGGAGUGGUCCUGGUAGCCCCGCCCCUCCGAGUCGGAUAGAGCAGGCCUAGAGUAAUCAAUACGCUGCCUUAGUUAUGUCACACAUUUUUUACUAAGGCCUGCCAAUUUUUAUUUUCAUUCUAACUGUUCCUGUUAAAAUUGGAGGCCAAGUUAUAGAAAAUGUAGAUUUUAUUUUUCCCAUUUAAGUUAACAUCUGGGAUAUGAGGAUGUUUUUUUUGUAUUAUGAUUUCUGCAUAGGUGCUCAUUUUUGGGGUGUGCAAGAAGAUCAUGCAUGAAAUUCAAAGUGUUUGUUUUGGAUUUUGGUAAAGUUGAUUAAAAAAGUGUUAAAAUGUG